AUGUCUUUACCAGCUUAUGAACCCGUACAGAGUUCAUUCACCGAUGAUCCUGAUGACAACUACAAGAACGAAGUCAUGGUUGCAUCGUGCGAGUUGAAGGUCAGACAGAUGUUCAUUAGAAAGGUAUACUCUCUUCUCCUCGUGCAAAUUGUCGGCUCUGUUUUGGUUGGCGCGGUGAUCAACUUCAAUCCCUCAGUCCAGGCUUGGUGCGUGAACAACUUGUGGUUCAGCAUUUUGUGUAUGAUAAGCACGUUCGUUUUCUUGUUUGCAGCCUACUUCAAGUCCCGCUCCUACCCAAUCAACUUGAUUUUCCUUGCGGCCUUUACAUUUUGUGAGGCUUUUACCGUGGGUUUAUCGUGUGCUUUCAUUGAGUCAAAUGCUGUGAUCCAGGCACUCGUGUUGACCCUAGUCAUUUUUGUAGGCUUGACCGCCUUUGCAUUCCAAACCAAGUAUGACUUUACCAGUUAUCAGGGAGUCUUGGGCAUUGGCUUGUGGGUGCUCAUAUCCAUGGGCUUUGUCUUCAUGUUCUUCCCAACCCAAACCUCUGGCCUUCAUAUGGUUUAUUCUGGAUUGGGUGCAUUGAUCUUCUGCUGCUACAUAGUCGUUGACACUCAGCUCAUCAUGCAAAAAUUCAGUGUUGAAGAUGAGAUCAUGGCCACGAUUACAUUGUAUUUGGAUAUUUUGAACCUCUUCUGGUUCAUCCUCUCUUUGUUGGAAAACAGAAACGACAACUGA